AUGAGUCAUAAUUCGUAUAAAUUACUAAAUAAUUCAACAGAUAAACUUGAUGUGGAUCCACCUGUUACAAUGAAUAAUACAUUGAGAAAAAGAUUUAUUCAAAUAACAUUUGCUGUUAUACUUUAUUGGUUUAUUUCAAUAACAAUGGUUUUUUUAAAUAAAUAUUUACUUAGUUCAAAUGAUGUAAAACUUGAUGCACCACUUUUUAUAACAUGGUAUCAAUGUGUUGUAACAGUUGGAAUUUGUGCUUUAUUAGGAAGUAUAAAUAAACAUAUAACAAUUUUUUCAAAAUUUCCAACAUUUAAAAUUGAUCUUAAAAUUGCACGUGAUGUUCUUCCAUUAUCAGUUAUGUUUGUUGCUAUGAUUAUAUUUAAUAAUUUAACUUUGAAAUAUUUAACUGUAUCAUUCUAUAUGGUUGGUCGAUCAUUAACUACAGUUGCUAAUGUGAUUUUUACAUAUUUUAUGCUUGGACAAAAAACAUCAUUUAAAGCUUUAGCAUGUUGUGGACUUAUUAUUGCAGGAUUCUUUCUUGGUAUUGAUCAAGAAAAUGCACUUGGUACUUUGUCAAUGUCUGGUGCAUUUUGUGGUGUAGCAUCAAGUGUAUUUGUUGCUUUAAAUGCUAUUUAUACAUCACGAUGUUUACCAUGUGUUGAUAAUAAUGUUUGGCGUUUAUGUUUAUAUAAUAAUUUUAAUGCAUGUAUUUUAUUUCUUCCUUUAAUGAUAAUUUUUGGUGAAUUAUCAAUUGUUAUAAAUUAUUCUAAAAUAUUUAAUUUACCAUUUUGGUUUGCAAUGUCAAUGGCUGGUUUACUUGGUUUUUCAAUGGGUUAUGUUACUGGUUAUCAAAUACAAAUGACAAGUCCAUUAACACAUAAUGUAUCAGGUACAGCAAAGUCUUAUGUACAAACAUUACUUGCUGUUGUUAUUUAUAGUGAAACUAAAACAACACUUUGGUGGAUAUCAAAUUUAUUUGUACUUGGUGGUUCAGGUCUAUUUGCACAUGUUCGAGCAACCGAAAUGAAACAGAAUCAUAAUACAAAUAAAAAUAGUGAUAAUAAUUCAACAACAUCUUUACCAAAAUGA